CGUUUGCAAGUUCGGCUGUUUUUGCGGAUGGCUGCUGCAGUUGCUCGGCAUAAAACUGAAAACAAAGUGCCUAGCAAGCCGCGACCGUUGAAAUAAAUUCGUCUCCAAUUUAUCGACAGAUUUUAGAGAAGUUUGUUUGAUUUUAAGUGUUUGCGAACCGGUAGUGAAAAAGUAUAGUGCGUGUGCAAUGGAGUACCGGGGCUUCUUCAAGAACGCCUCCCGUGGGGAUGCUGGCAAUCGGAUGAAACAAGGUAAUAUGCGAGCGGUGCGGAACAAACGGGAAAGCUCCCGGCAGGAGCUACACUUCACCAAUCGGAAUCUGAAUGCUUCCGAUUUGGAAUUCGGAGUCGAAGUGGAAUCGGAAAAUGAUUAUACCGGAUAUUCUGGCAACGGAAAAGCAGCAGCACCAUUGAACGACCGAACGGUGGUUUUGGAUUCGAUUCAAGAGUCCAGUCGGAAGCAGCGUCGUCGGUCGAAACAACGGCAGGAUGUCGAAGAAGAUAAAGAAAACGAUAUGAGGGCCAAGUACGAGGAACGAUUGGCAAGGUUGAAGCGUUUCAAAGAGGAACGUGCCAAAGCGAAGGAGAUGCAAUCCGGCAAGAAGAAGCCGUUCAUUGCGGUUGUGUCAAAAACCGUUGAUCGGGAAUAUGAGAAGGGAUUGUUUAAAAAAUCGGAAGCCGAACUGCGUAAAUUGGCUGAGAAGCGGAAACUGUUGACUCCGGCGGCUAAAGCAGUGACCCCUCGGGUGGACACUCGUCGCAGGGAACCUCUCGGCCAGGUAACCGAAGAUAAACAAACUCAGAAUCGGGCAUUGAAGCAUGUAAUCAAUCACAAAACUCCGGCAUCGAUCCGGAAAGCCGCCUCCAAGGUUGAUACCUGGAGAAAAGCCGGAGAAGGAGCGACGACUGAAAAACGGCAGGCACAGCAAUAUCCGAGCUCCAGCAAAAACAAUCGUCAACAAAUGGCAGCCAAGGCUGUGCGAAUUGCAACUGCACCAGAGCCCCCAGCAGCAACACGAACAGCUGUUGUUGUCGCAAGUCGAAAAGGGACUACGAAAGCACAGCCGUCUGCAGCUUUUUCGAAAUUCUUAGAAGUUCGUUCCGGGCAGAAAUCGACCACAUUCAACUUCAAGUUCACUAACGACGGGCACAUGGUCACGUCGACCAAUCGCAAAAAGAAGAGCCUGGAACGGAUGCUGCGAGCGAACGCUCCUACCCAGCUGCCGGGACAAAACAAGAAACCGAAGAAGGCCAUCGUCGUCGCUGCCGUUCCAUCUACCCCGGAAUCGGAUGAUGUUUUCGAGGGUAUCAGCCCGAUCGAUGUGGAUUCUCCGACGCCGAAGAAACCGGCUCGCGAUGCCGAAAUGUACGCCAUUGUCAAGAGGGAGUCACGCCGUCGAUCGAUGGUGUUCAAAAUUGAAGAUGUUAAAAAGGAACCGGAACCGGCCGCAGCUCCAAUUGACGAUUGGGAACCGCAGGUGAUCACCAUUUCUGACGAUGAUAGUUUUGGACGACAGAUGGUUAAGAAGGAGCCCCAGUUGAACGAAUCCUUUACGAUCGAAAUUAAGGAAGAACGGUUAAUUGACCGCAGGCCUACGAUUGAUGGGCCGUCAAAACCAAUGGAAAAGUCUAUCGUAAUAGAAAGUGGUAGAAAGUCAUUGGAUGCUAGGCCUUCUCUCAUAUUUGUAGAAGAAGUUGCUGCUCGGUUAUCUGAGGAACCAAAGGCUCCGGUAGAUUCCGGUCGCCUAUCGCUAGGGUUUGUUGAGGAGCGAAAUGUUCCGAAUAAGAUACCGACGAUUGAAGUUUUAGAUUCACCGAUACAUUCGGGAGUUUUGAGUCCAUCGAGAAGAACUCCUAGAAUGAGUUUUGUAGAAGAAGAAAUACCCAAAAGUAAACCUCUCCCCGAAGGAAAUUUGGCAACGGUUUUACUUCAUAAGCAACAAGAAUCCAAGCGUCGUAACAGCAGCGGUGGAAGUCGUCGAUCUUCUAUCGGUAGCUUUAGAGAGGAAGAGCAAGCUCCGAGUGACGUCCGAGAAAAGGUUCGCUUUUACUAUGACUUGGUGGACAAAGAAUCACAACGGCUGCAGGAACUUUGUGAUUUGUACAAGGAUGAUUUGGAGAUCGAAAGCCUCGAUGAAAACAGUCGAGGUUUGAUUAUUGCAGCACAAGGACAAACGAACAUACUAAUCAACAAAAAGUUGUCGAAAUUCCGGGAGCUGGUCGGCCACUAUGAGCGCAGCUGGGCAGAUCAGAAAGUUCGCACCGAUGAUUUGGAUGGCUUCUGGUUGAUGGUUUCGCUGGAUUUGGAAAACUUGGACCGCCGUUUCGAGGAACUUCGGCUUCUGAAACAGAACGAUUGGCAAGAGGUGAUUGACGAGCCAAAGGUCAAAAAGCUAAAAGGCGGCGGCGGAAUCAAAAAGCGCGAGAAAAAACCGAUGAAGACUAAAGCUACCGGUUUGGCCGAUCUGAUUAAAAAGGCUCGAGAGGAAGCCAAGAAGAAGAAAAUGAUGGAAUCGGCCCUCACCGAAACGGUUACCGUUGUAACGCCCAUCAAACGAUCGGUUCGAAUCGCAACAACCCCCCGCAGGAGCAGCAUUGCGAGAAAUAGCAUCUGCACCGGGUGCACACCAACGUCGGCCAAAAGCAAUCGGAAGAACAUGCGAAAAACCAUUUUCAACGAUCACACCCUUCGGUGUAAGGAAAUCGUGAAAUCCAUUCUUAAAACGCCCGGCGAAAAGCGACGUGCCAAGAGCGUCCUGUUCCUCGAUUCCGGCUUGGACACCCCGGAAGUGAAAAGAACCUCGGCAGGGACCCGUAAAAUUGUACACACUCCCAAGCCGAAAAUUACCUUCAACGAAGAGCUGGAGGUGGAAGAUGUGGAGACGAUUUCUCUCACAACCCCGUACAAGCUAGAGGACGAAAUUCGAAAGCGACGGAGAAGUUCAAUCUUUCAUCAGCAGCCCGCAGACGAUGAACAGCAGUGCGCUGCUGCAGCAGCGGACGGUAGCCGUUGCUCCACCGGACUAGCGGAAAACCGCCGAAGAACGCUCCGGUUCUCCGCUCAAGGUGUGGACGAUUCCGAUGAAACCCACGAUCAGGUCAAAUCUCCAGUGGCAGUUGAAGCUGGCAAACCCAAGCGGAACGCACGAGGAAAGGCCAGAGGGAAGGUUUCCUUCCUCUAAGACUUAUUGACAACCGUUUUAUUUUGUAUUAUAAGAUUCGUUUUAGUUUUGUGUUUAAGUUUUUUUUAAUACUUAUGCAAGCUGAGUUUUUGUCAGUUUACUUCUGUCUCUUUUUUUUUCUAUUUUUGAAAACCCUGAUAAGCUUAAACAUCUAUUGUUGAUAAGUAUUUUACAAGAAAAGAACCUUUUAACGAAAA